AUGCGUCGUAAUUGGCCCGAUUACGAUCGCAAUAUUCUCUCACAAAAUAUAUCCCGUAGACAGAAGGCAGACAAUGUGCAAAAAAAUAUAUUGGCUCCACAUUACGAUAAAUCUAUUGAUGAUAAACUAAAAGUAUUGCAUAGCAUCGAUAAGUUCAUGAAUGACGAUACGGAAACGGCAAAAGUUACAACGGACCAACUUCGAAACAUUAUUGAUGUGAAGGCUCUAACUGAACAGGAAAUAUGCGAUGUAUUCGAUCGUUUUACCUAUAGAAUAAUAUCUGCCGAAAAUAUUUACAUGAAAUCACUGGAUCCGAUAACUUUAGAAUAUCGCCAUUCGUGCGCCAAUUUUGAUAUUCAUAUAUGGAGUUUAAAAAAUGUCCCGAUACGUUUUACGCAUUUGCAUGAGCCUCGCAUGAUUGCCAACCUGCAUAAGUUAGAUCUUAAAUUGCAUAUACCUUUUUCAGCGCUAAGCCCAUUGAUGACAAUACAGGGUAUUCGCAUGAAUUUUGAUCAUAUAAGUAAAAAUGCGAAAAGUUCGAAACAAGACACAUUUGUACCGUUGGAAACAUUAAAUGCCGGUAUUUGUGGUCAGUUUAAAAGCGUAAUUUUUCACUUUCGUUUAACUUAACUGACUGACGUACUACAUACACGCAUUAUUAAUUUGUUUUGCUUUCAAGAUUUAAGAGAAUGCUUGCUAAAUGAAUAUAGAAUGCUAAUUGAUAUACAGAGAAGAGUUCGAAAUGAUAUACAAGAAAAAUAUCAAAAAUAUAGAGAAGAUCUACUUAAAUAUCUGGAACCGGGUUCGCAAAUAUUAAGAGGCCGGAAAGCGAAGAAGGUUAUAAAACCUUUCAGAGCAAAAGAACCGCAGACUUGCGAAAAUGAUCAAUAUCCCGAUGUUUUUAAUGAUUUUCUUGAAGAGGAGCAUAAUCAAUAUUUGGGUUUCAUAAAUAUUAUGUACAAUCCUCAAAUGUUAAAUCUAAAAAGCGAUGAGAUAAAUCUUAAGAAAUUUCAAAUAUUGGGCGGUAUUUAUCAAUUAAAUUUGGUAAAGAAACCAAAACAAAUUAAUUUUUUCCAAAAAUCUAACAUGAUUUGGCAUCGCGAAGGAGAAAACUUAAUUGUCGAAAAAGAUUUUCGCGUACAUGACUCUCAUAUCACUCUACCGGAGACAAUCAAACGUUUUACGCAAAGUGAUCGCUUAAGUAAGGUAUCUGUUAUCCAGCUCGGACGUAGCAGAAAGAGCGCAUAUAUAGUAGAUGAGCCUUUGGACAAGGACGAAACUGACGCAAGUAAUCCAUGGUUUGUGCUAACAUUUUAUUUGCCCGAUUACUUAUGCUCCUGGGGUUCACCGAUCGCAUGUCACUAUGAAUCGGUAGAUGAAGUUUUGACAGUUGAAAAAGUUGAAAAUUCGCGAGAUAAUGUAAUUAGAUCGCUUAUAGGACUCGAUAAUGAUGAUAAGAAUGAAAUGUCAAUUGAUAUAAGCGCUGAACAAAGACAUAUAAUGGGAAUGCAAAACAUAUUGCGUAAAAGAUCGCGCCUAUCCCGAUCUCUGUACGCCAGCUCUCCUUCAUUAUCUCGUUUACGCAAUACGGUAUCAUUUAGUUUCUCAAACGAACAGACAGCGCUUCAUGUUGCACGCGAUUUUGAGUUGGAUUCGCUUACCUUACCGCAACUUCAUGAAAUUCGGCGAUUUUGCGUACCAAUGCUAUUACCGUCAUAUCAAUUCCAAAAGGAGAAAAAGGAAGACGAAUUUCGCGUAAAAAAACGAAGCACAAAAAAUCCCGCCAAAGUUUUAGCCCGUUCGCUACUAGCCGUUAAUUUGCCAGAAAAGGAAAGCAAAACGAGUCAUUCUUAUCUCUUCGACGAAAAUCUAAAGUAUCCUGAACGAUUCUUUGCCAUCUACGACGAAGUGGAACCUGUCUAUAUUGUUAAAACUCUUCAUAAUACAGAUUUCUAUGCUAACGGACGCGAAACACGCAACGAACCCCAAACUUUCUAUCAAUUAAUUAGAACAUUGAUGAUAAUAAAAAAAGUAAUUCAGAAUAACGUAAAUAGGAUAUUGUCGGUAACACUACAUAAAACCGAAUCAAAUAUUAUACGAAUUCAAGAAAAGCUUAAACAAGAAAAUCAAAAGAGAAUGUUAACAUUCGCAUCGAAACAUAAAGGAAAGACAUCGCCGGUGACAAAAUCAUCAUCAUUGAAAAAGAUAGGAUCAAUGCGGGCGUUGUCUACAAAGUCAGUUGCGAAAGUCGAAUAUUCGCCAAACGCAACACCGGAUAUUAAAAAUGAUUCAAGCAGUGAAUCGUCUUCGUAUGCUACUACUACUACUACUGCGAUUUCUACUGCUUCGAAAGAUGCGAAAGAAACGAAAAUUGUAACUUAUACUCAUUGGACGACAAAAUAUAUCAAAACUGAAAGAUUCUAUAGGGAAGAAAGGAAAUAUGUGAUUGAAACCGAUAGAUUGGGUUAUAUCGGAUUUGCCUUUAAACGUUACGAACAUUUCCCCUUCAAAUAUUGGAAUUUACAACCUGCUGAAGCCGAUCCGACUAACGAAGUAGUCCUUACUAUAAUAACUCAAUACGUUAAGUGUGUAUUCCAUGUGAGCGGUCAAGGCGUACGUGGAUAUGUUACUGAUUAUCUGCAUGAUCAACAAUAUGUAGUCAAUCCGAAAUUGUAUUUAAUUAUCGAUAAACCGAUCAAAGAUUGUACAGAAUUGAAGAGAAUUUUCAAAGAGAAAAAUGUGAAUAUAUUUCCCGAUAAUGAUGCUACCUUUUAUAUAGAAAAUGGUUAUUUUUGUGAAAAGCAUUUGGCAAUGGAAUUACACACUUACAAUUGUAUGACGGUACAUUGUUCUGAAAUGAAAUUUAAUCAUUGCCAAUGGAAUCGUUUAGCCAAGCGACGUGAUAUAAUUUUACAAGCCGUACAAUGGAAAGACAAUCCCGAUAAUAGCGUAAUCAUGCAUGUCACGCCCGAAGAGACAACUUUUGUUGAGGUUAACGAGAUGUGCACAGAGGAACGUGAAGAAGUUAAAUUAUCGUAUACGUCUACAUGGCGAAAUAUAAACCUAUCUUAUGAUUUGAGUCAAGCUAUUUGUUCCAUGUAUCCAGAUGCUAUGGACUUACGAUGUAAGAAUGUACAUUUAAUAUGCUGCCUGAAAUCGCUUUUAACGGAAAUACGACCUCUUAGCUUUUCAUGA